CAUAUACAGCCUGUCUACAUAUGUCUUCUCAGACGAAUGAAUACUGUAUAUUUGCUUUGUUAUUUCUGUUAGGCAUAUAAAUCUAUACUUAUUGAGUUAUAUAGUUUGACCAGAUUGACAACACCAGGAUGUCCCUGUCCGGAAACUCUGUGUAUCCACACGAUGUCCUCACUGUGUUGUUCUGUCUUCUGACAGUAUCCCAGGCGUACGUUAAUGUCGCCCUCAACAAACCAGCAUACCAACAGUACCCUGGACCAGGUGACACAUUUGACGCCAGUAACGCUGUAGACGGACGUAAAUCAGACCUGAGUGGUGAUGGAGGUCAAUGUGCUGAAUCAUUAUACGAACAAACCGCCACCUGGUGGGUGAACCUGAUCACCAUCCACAGCAUCCACCACAUCACCAUCUACUUCAUGAUGAACAGUAAACCAUGGGUUCCUUCUAAUUGGCGCACUCAGUAUUUCCUUGGAUUCUCUGUGUACGUCUCCAAUACAACAGACAGACUACAGGGAACACUGUGUUACAAGGACGACAACUUUACACUAGACACCAUACCUGCUGUCUUCACCACCACCUGUCCUGUACAUGGACAGUACGUCAUAUACUACAACGAGAGACUACCAGGAGUUACCUACCCUGACGAUUACUCUGACAGUGUUGACACUGCCCUCUGUGAAGUGGAGGUGUAUGGAUGUCCUGCUACCGGAUAUUUUGGGUCCAACUGUUCCGUUCCCUGUCCAGACGUCAACUGUCAGUACUGUCACAUAGAGACGGGCACCUGUCAGGGCUGUAAACCUGGAUACAAAGGUCACCGAUGUGAAAUAACUUGUGAAAGGGGAACAUAUGGUGUUGGCUGCAAAGAAACAUGUGGACACUGCCGUGACGUAAACCAGUGCUCCAUCAACAAUGGGACUUGCUUAACUGGGUGCGAUGCUGGUUAUAAAGGAGACUUGUGUAAAACUGCUUGUGACAUAGGGUCGUAUGGCUACGACUGCAAAGAAACAUGUGGACAUUGUCGUGACAGAUACCAGUGUUCCAACAUCAAUGGAUCGUGUCUGACGGGAUGUGAUCCUGGUUAUCAAGGAGACUUGUGUAAAACAUCAUGUGACAGAGGGUCGUAUGGUUCUGAAUGCAAUGAAACAUGUGGACAUUGUCGUGACGUAGACCAUUGUUCCAAUAUUAAUGGGACGUGUUUAACUGGAUGUGAUGUUGACUAUCAAGGAGACUUGUGUAAAACUCUUUGCCCCGUUGGAUAUUUUGGACAAGACUGUUCUGAGACUUGUAUCAACAGUUACACCUGUGAUGGCUGUAACGAUGUCAGUGGUUCGUGUGAUUAUGGCUGCCGUCCUGGCUGGAUAGGAUACUUCUGUCAAAAAAAUAUACACUCGCCGAAGUUAAUUUCUGAAGAGAGAAGAAAUGGCAACGCAAGUAAGUAUGAAUAUGUGAUGUUUUGCAAUUUUUCUCUUAAAAUUACACACCUAUAAUUUUUAACUAUAGGUAAUAUUUUUUUCGUUGAAAAUAAGUAUUGAAUUUGAUCGUUAUAUAAAAUUUGUAUAUAUGUGAAAUACAACCCUGUCAUCGCGUUGGUGUUAAAGAAAUUUGGCUACUGUAAAACAACGUAACAUAAUGCACUCAGUGUACCAGGGUAAGUAGUCACUCUGCUUAACGAAUCUAUAUCAUAUAGUGUUGCCUUUGAAAUUGUAAUUUUGUUGAAUUUUUACAAAUCCGGCUGUUCUAAUGCAUGUCAAACAAACUAACACGUGUAAGUGUGUUUAUACUUUAAAGUUGCUUCUUUAAUAUGAAUGAAAUAAAAAAGCCAUCCAAUGUUGAUGAGUUAACCUUAAUGUAAGUUUGUUUUGAAACUUUGUAAAUGUAUUUUGACACUUUUAAUUCUAUUUUUUGUCAUGGAUUUUUACUUCUCUAAAGUUAAGUAUAUUUUACAAUUAAACUAUAUGU